GACUUUGUGUCUUCUUCUGUAAAGGAUACAUCCAAAGGACGACGUAAGGUAACCAAGAGUGACUUUGAGGUUCUUAAACUUCUUGGUCGAGGAGCAUAUGGAAAGGUUAUGCUCUGCCGCCACAAGGAAACACAGCGUUUGUACGCCAUGAAAGUCCUUAAAAAGGCCUCUUUGCUGGUACAUGCCAAGAAUGCAGAACACACCAAAGCAGAGCGCCAGAUCCUCGAAGACGUCAGACAUCCUUUUAUUGUCCAAUUAAUGUACGCAUUCCAAACAAACGAUCGAUUGUAUUUGAUUCUCGAAUAUGCCACUGGCGGUGAAUUGUUUACACACAUGGCCACAGAGAAUAUGUUUUUGGAAGACGUAGCUCGAUUUUAUUUGGCUGAACUUGUGCUAGCACUCGAGCAUUUGCACGGUCUUGGGAUUGUUUACCGUGAUCUGAAGCCAGAAAAUGUAUUAUUGGAUGGUGAAGGACAUGUACUCCUGACCGAUUUUGGGCUCUCAAAGGUGUCUUUGGAUGGCAGAACGAAUACAAUCUGUGGUACUGCCGAGUAUAUGGCACCAGAAAUCUUGCUUGAGAUGCAUUAUGAUAAUGGUGUUGACUGGUGGACAUUUGGGAUUCUGAUGUUUGAGAUGCUUACUGGCACUACUCCUUUUCACUCUUCCAACAAGAAAAAGACUUUGGAUGCCAUCAAGAACAAGAAGCUGCUUAUACCAUAUUAUAUAUCAUCAAUUGCUAAAGACUUGUUGAUAAAGCUGCUUCGAAAGAAUCCCAAUGUAAGAUUGGGAAAUGGCGAAAAUGGGAUACAACAGAUCAAAUCCCAUCAUUUCUUCCGCAAGAUAGAUUGGAAGAAGCUUAAGGAACGCAAGGUGACACCUCCGAUCUUGCCUGUUGUGACUGAUCCAAUGUUGGCCGAGAACUUUGAUGAGAAGUUCACCUCAGAGGUUAUCAAAGACUCUCCU